UCCCAAACCAGUUUCUCUCUCAUCUUCUUCUCCACCAAUACCGAAAAACCACCGCAAAUCAGCCGAAAACCUGCCGGAAAAUUAUAGAAUCUGAAUUUCAGCUCCAAAUUUCCAAUAUAGAACAAGCACUUUGAUUUUCCCUCCUUUCCUCUUUUGUGCCCCUUCAAUUUGAAGUUUUAAUUCGUUAGGGUUUUGAAGAUUUGAAUUUUGAUCAUCAUCAUACAUGGUGUCCGUGUACCCAAAUCCACCUCCAGAUCGGGAUUUUACUUACGGUUUUCAUAUGGGCGGGGAUCAGAUGAAGUUCCCGGGUCUGAACGGCGAUGAGAACAAGAACAGCCUGCUUCAAACGGCGCCGGUUGGGAAUGUGGCUCCGGGUGUGGAUGACCCGCAUAAGAAGAUCCGAAAGCCGUACACUAUUACCAAGUCGAGAGAGAGCUGGAGCGAGCAGGAGCACGACAAGUUCGUUGAGGCGCUUCACCUAUUUGACCGUGAUUGGAAGAAGAUUGAAGCAUUUGUCGGGUCAAAGACUGUUAUCCAGAUUCGAAGUCAUGCUCAGAAAUAUUUUCUAAAAGUCCAAAAGAAUGGAACAAGCGAACAUGUACCUCCUCCACGGCCAAAGAGAAAGGCAGCCCAUCCUUAUCCACAGAAGGCCCCAAAAAAUGAUGCGUCUCAAGCCAUCGGUCCUCAGCAAUCUUCAGUUGCUUUAGUGGAGCGUGGAUACAGUGUGGGGUCUGAUUCUUUGUCAAUAUCCGAAAAUCCAAUGAGCACUCAACCUUUGUCUUCUUGUAAUUACAAUGUUUUGCCAGCAGGAUUUUUGCCGCGUACACUUAAAGAUGAUAUUGGAUUAGUUAGUGGCACCAAUAAUUAUAGCAGCAGCAACAACGAGAGCAAUCCCUUUGUGGGUAGAAUAGAUGAGAUGCGUCGUUCAGUGAAAACUCGCAACAAUGCCACAAGAGUUAUGCCAGAUUUUGCUCAGGUUUAUAGAUUCAUUGGCAGCGUCUUUGACCCUUGUGCAAGUGAUCAUUUGGAAAGACUUAAAACAAUGGACCCUUUAGAUGUAGAGACGGCGGUGAUGUUAAUGAAGAAUCUCUCUGUCAACUUGGUCAGCCCUGAAUUUGAGGACAAUCAAAGAAGACUGCUAUCGUCGUACAACAAUGGCUUUCAAAGCAAUGCCGUGAGAAAUAAGAUACAGCCUGCAUGAAGUUCUGGUAAAACUUAAUAUCUUAAUUGGACAUUUGCUCAGCACAAGUUGUGUUUGAAGCAGACCAAAUUCUGUCGAGAUCCUUGUUAUCAGUCGGUGUUUUAUGUAUUCGAAGCCGGGAAUGAUUACCUCUGUAGAUUAGUCUCAACUGUGUGUAUAUAUAUUUUGAGCAGAAGAUGAGUGUGUACUACUGUUCCAUGUAUAGCAGUGUUUGAGCAAUAGUGCUGCAUUUCUCGUGUUUGUGGCUUCUUUUAGUCUUCCAUAAGUCGAUAAAAAGGGAAGGUGACAACUGACGAGCAAUUAGUUCGUUUUUGGGCCGUGCUUUACGUUUUUGUAUGAUAUGAGUUCUGCUCGUCACACGAGCCGUUUUGCUUACAUCUCGGCACAGGACUAAUACUUACUAUUUCUCGUGAAUAAUUGGAUUGGUUUUUUCUUGCUAAA